GAUGUUCCCAUAUCGAGCUGCAAUGACGGUGGUGGUUGCUCAUUUCUAGGGCCAUGUGUGCUAUUUUGAUGACAAAAGUGGCCUGAAUGUGAGGCCGCUGUGGAAGUAAACGCUGGAACAGGAUGAGUAAAGUGAAAAUGGAGGAGAGCAUCAUGUCAUACCUGUCACAGAGCGAGACUGACACCAGCCCCAAAGACUUGAAUGUAGUUGCCAUGCUCCAUAACUUCUGGGAGCAGAGGCAGAUGAGUCCAUUAAAUGGUUCCUCCAGUGAAUCAGAUGGUUCUGUUGGGGACGCAGCCAUCCAGACAGAGAGCUUGCUGCUGUACGAGUCUGCACCUUCCCCUGGUCCACCAUAUGUCUGCUACGUCACCCUGCCUGGAGGAAGCUGCUUUGGCAAUUUUAAGGUGUGUGACACUCAGGCAGAGGCUCGGAGGGAUGCAGCCCGUGUGGCUCUGAUGAACUCGCUUGUAAACGAGCUGCCGUGUCGGCGCAUCAACCCUCAGUUCAUCACUCAGAGUUUGCAGCAGGCAGCCACAGACAGUGCUGUCUCUAUAGAAGAUUCAUGUGAUUCAAGCACCAGUAUAGGGACCUACAGUUUGCUGCUCCACUCCUACAUGGGAAGGACCAUGCUGGAGUUCCAGGAGAUGAUGACAGUUUUUCAGUUAUUGCACUGGAACGGGACACUGAAGGCUCUGAGGGAAAGGCAGUGCUCUCGACAGGUGCAGAUCUUGCCAAGAACUUUGAUAAAAUAUCAGUAUCUCUGCUGCUACAUAAUGAUGAUUGCUUAUUGUCUUUCUCCCCCUCAGAGUGUGAUUUCAUAUUACUCCCAGCGAGGACUUGAUGAGUACAUGCGCAGCAGCUUGGCUCUGGAUUGGCUCGGGCGGGAGCAGAGGUCACCUGGGCGACUCGGGGAGGAGCUGCAGGUGGCACAGAGGGAGCUGGUGUUAGCCCGGCGCCGAGGCACAGAGCUGCGCUUCUACAAGGAGAAGACAGAGAUCCUCAGCUUGGCUCUGAGUCAGGCUUGCAUUCACCACACACCUGAGGCUUUCAACCAGGUGCUAAGUCACACAUACAAGCUAGAACAACUUCCUUUACACACAUUACGCAGCCAGGGCACAGAAAUCCAGAUAACCCCACCCUGCAGUCCUUCACCAACCCUCCAUAAAGACACAAAGCAAACAGUCCGUCAAACCUCUGGCAAACACACACCCUCCAACAGUCCUUCAACGUGCUCACAGCAGACUUAUGUGCCUUUAAAUACCUUUGGAUAGACUGAAGCAGAAAGCACAGGACAGACAAUAAAAGUUGUCAUUUGACUCUGUGAAUAAGCUAAAAGUCUGCCACUCAAAAUGUGAUAUCUCUUUGGGAGAAAAAGAAAAUAUCCAUCAUGGUCAUGGUCUUUAGGUUUUGUAAGAGUUCGGUAACUGCGAGAGUUGUACAAAUGUGUUAAUUUGUGUAUUAAUAAUACUCUGACCAUAUUAACACUCUUUUGUGACUAUACAUAAAGAUGCAUCUGUAACCACAAGAAAUACAGCAUUCAAAUGAUUUAUAUCAAUCAGCAGGAAGUUUAGUUGAAAUGUAGCAGUGACCAUCUAUCUAUUUUUGUAUGAAGAGCAUUGUACUUUAAUGCCUUAGUUUUUAUGUAUGUUCAAUUAAGUAGUCUUUUUAAAUGAUAUAGCUUACAAACUGCUUCACAUACCAGCAACUCAGUCAGUACUCCUCUAUGCUUCACUCUUCCUGUCUCCUUCUCUGUCUAGCAUGUCAUCUGUCGUUUCUACUUUCUCAAUGGAAACACAGAAUACCGACUUACGUGUCUGUGACAUGUUGGCUGGAUGCUAUGAGACAGAGAGUCUGUUAGGAGUGUGACACACAUUUAUUUGACAAAUAUCAGUGAGUAGCUUUUAUGUCUGUACGUAUCAAGGAAAUUAAUAGCCUACAUUUAAAGGGAAAUCUUUAAGAUAUCAUUGUACAUUUUGUAA